AUGGAGUUGCCCCCAGCUGCCUGGAGCCCCAAGCAUUCCCUGCCCCUUCUUUCCCAGGGCGCGGGAUACAUCAGCCUCAGCGAGGAGCAGAAGGCCCGGGAGAUGUCGAAGCUGCAGCACAUGAUCCGUGACUUUGUCAUGGAGUUCCUGCAGGGCGUCUUCCUGGACGCCGUCCUGGAAGACGGAUCUCUGGUACCCUGCCGCUGCGUGAUGGACAGCAAGCUGUCCAUUCUGAUGCUGCAGGUGCACGCCACAACGCGGACGGUCGACUUGACUAGCAUCCAGGAGAUUUGCUCCGGAGGGGAGCUGAAGGACCUUCAGGUCACAACUCCCCUUGACGAGCACUGCGUGACCCUCGUCAUGGCAGAUGACCAGUGUGUGUCCUUCAAGCACGCACCUCAGGACUGCGGUUCAAUUCGGGUUCAGGGUUAA